GACCUGCAAAACAUGCACGGUGUAUGCCCCCGAGGACCGAGUUUGAGAACCUCUGGUCUAGUAGGUAAUGCUCUGAGGGUUUCUCCAACCAAAUGAAGGCGCCUGUUCUCUGCUGAUUCUCAGGCCAUCGCUGGGCUGUUAUCUGGGAAGUGCAGCUGGUCUAUUAUGCGCUGGUGACAGAGAGGCUGCACAUCACCGGGGAGAGGACGGGAAGUAGUGCAACUGUCAGAAAUGGCCACACGAAUACGUCCUGCCAGCAAGAAAUGCACAGUUAUUGGGGGUUCUGGAUUUCUUGGACAGCACAUGGUGGAGCGCCUGUUAGAUAAAGGAUACUCUGUUAAUGUGUUUGAUAUCCGACAAGGGUUUGAGAAUGAGUGGGUGCAGUUUUACAUUGGUGAUCUUUGCAGCAAAAAGGAUUUAUUGCCAGCCCUACAAGGUGUAAAUGUCGUCUUCCACUGUGCAUCGCCAGCCCCUUCCAGUGACAACAAAGAGCUUUUCUACAGAGUAAACUAUAUCGGAACAAAGACAGUGCUUGAAGCCUGCAAGGAAUCUGGUGUUCAGAAACUAGUGCUGACCAGCAGUGCGAGUGUGAUCUUUGAAGGUAAAGAUAUUAAGAAUGGAUCGGAGGAGCUUCCUUAUGCUAAGAAACCCAUUGAUUAUUAUACAGAAACUAAGAUUCUUCAAGAGAAGGAGGUUUUGGGAGCAAAUGACCCAGCAAACAACUUUGUGACUGUGGCUAUCAGGCCUCACGGCAUAUUUGGGCCACGAGACCCCCAGCUUGUACCUAUACUGGUGGAGACAGCGAAAAGUGGCAAAAUGAAAUUUAUGAUUGGAAAUGGGAAGAAUUUGGUGGAUUUUACGUAUGUGGAAAAUGUGGUACAUGGUCAUAUACUGGCAGCUGAGUACCUGCAGAAAGACUCUCCUCUGUGCGGAAAGGCCUACCACAUCACAAAUGAUGAGCCUAUCCCAUUCUGGACAUUCCUUUCCCGCAUUCUGAUUGGUCUGAAUUAUGAAGCCCCGAAGUACAAGAUCCCUUUCUUGUUGGCUUACUACCUUGCUCUUUUCUUGUCUAUUUUGGUCUUAAUUCUGAGUCCUCUUGUCAAAAUUAAGUCCACUUUUACACCAAUGAGAGUUGCACUGGCUGGGACUUAUCACUAUUACAGCUGUGAGCGGGCCAAGAAGGACAUGGGCUACAAGCCUGUGGUCAGCCUGGACAAAGCUGUGGAGAAGACCGUUCAGAGCUACUCACAUCUGAAGAAAGCUAGUUAGAUAUCAAUGCCCCCUCUCCCCCGCAAUGUGGGACAUUUAUGAGAACCGCUGUAUAGGCAGCUGCAGGAAAGGUGAUGGUGACCAUAGCAAAGAUGUUCUACUUGAUUUUCUAAAGUGUGCUAGAAAAAUUACGGAACCUGAUUGGUUGCUGAGGAGAAAGUCACCUUUUACAUAGUUAAAUAACGAUUUUCAUAAAUGUCCCCUAUUGUAUGUAGAUUUUGUAAUUCACAACAAAAUUUGAGGUAUUCUUUUGCCUCCUUGAAUUUUUAAUGUCCUCAACCUAUUGUUGAAAUCCACCUCAAUCCUGCAUCUAUUUUCUCAGCUGUAAAUGUUCAUAUUGAAUGUAAUAUUCCUAAAUAUUGUAAAGGAAACUAAUACUAUUAAGCAGUUGAAUAAAAAAGUUGUCAACUAA